AUGGACGGAGAUCGUCUCGUGUUUCCACCAGUGCCAGCAGCUUUGAUCGUCGGAAUUUUNUACGUUAUCUAUUCAAACACAUUCCAAUGGUCUGUGUUUUGCGCGUUCGGAGCCGGAAAGUUGUUUGGAUACGUUACAUACGAUAUGGUUCACUACUAUUUGCAUCACGGAAGCCCACGCCCUCGCAGUAAUCUACAUUAUAGAAAAGGGUAUUUCCGUUUCGUUUCGUUCGCUUUCGUUUCUUUCGGAUUUCUUUCGGAUUUCACGGUCUCCCACUUUUCGCGGCGAUUUGUUGUCGUCAAGUCUGAUGUCUCUGACGCGGUUCACCGCCACGCACAAAUGCACAUAUAUUCUUGCCGCCGAAUUGCCGUCUAA